AUGGAGCGGAAGGCAAAGACUGAUGGCAGGAAGGCGACAGGAGAGUGGCAGGGUCCCAACUCUAGCAGCUCAGGCCAUAAGUGUCCUCAUUGUGACUACGCCACUGCUAGCAUGAAUGAAGUCUGGAAACACAUAGCUCUUUCCCACUCAGGGGCCAAGCCUUACUUUUGCCCCUAUUGUUUGUAUAGAACUACCAGGAACUCCCUCCUUAAGGAACACAUUAAUACACACACUGGGGAGCGGCCCUUCGCUUGCCCGCACUGCCCUUACAGUUCCUCCCACCGGAACAUUCUCAAGCGACACAUUCGCACUCACACCGGGGAAAAACCUUAUGCCUGUACCCACUGUCCGUUCCAAGCAGCCAGCAAGACUAAUCUCAACAAACACUUGACAAUACACAAAAGGAAGGAAGAUGCAAAUCAGGCCUACCUUUAA